AAUUUUUCUCCGAUCACAGAUUAGUUCGAUUUGUUGCGCCGACUGAAACAGAACGCGGGAUCGUACCGGUGGACGUGUGCUAACCGAGUUACUUGUGGUUGUGGCUGACAGAAGCAAAAACGUGAGACAAAUCAUCGCGAUGGGCAAACGGUCGCUCGUGUUGAUCGUGCUGAUGGCAAGUGUUUGCACGCGCCAGGUGCAUUCGCUGGACUUGGGAGGCUUUUUCAAAACGACGAGUGACGUCGCGAAGGUGGCAGCUAAAACGGCCAAGGGAGUGGCCGAGAACAUACCGCAGAUAUUUUCACCGGAGCAGUUGCUCGAGUUUAGCAAGCAAUCGAUCAUUGGCCUGCCGGCGGAAGCGAUCGCCGCCACGAUCAAUCAAAUAUGUUCCGUGGCACUGCUGUCGAAUGCGACCGCGUCCGAGAACAGCGUCAACAUAACCGACAUGAACUACAUCCUGAUGACGGAAGACAAUAACGUUACGAUACCGCUGCUGGAGUCGGAUGAUUUGUGGAAGGAUGAGCUGUUCAACAAAUCGUACGAUACGGUCAUACUGGUUACCGGCUGGACGUCGAACGUGAACGAACCGAAUCGGGCGAUCGAUACGAUCUACAACGCGUAUAAGGCACGUGGCGGCUACAACUUCGUCGUUAUAGAUACAGCCGAGUAUGUGGACACACUGUACACCUGGUCCGCGUUCAACACGAACGAUCUUGGCGAAGGUUUGGCGGACGGAUUGAAGGGAUUAAUUCAGUACGUGCCACUGGAGAAGAUUCACCUGAUCGGCCACAGCUUAGGUGCACACAUUGUGGGUGCUGCAGGGCGCUACUUCCAGUACAAAACGAACAAAACGAUUCCCCGCAUUACGGGACUGGAUCCGGCGAAUCCUUGCUUCAAUGAGGGAGAAUCGCUGAGCGGCAUUCAGCGGGGUGAUGCGGACUUUGUGGACAUCAUCCACACGAACGCCAAGGUGCUGGGCAAGCGUGAUCCGAUAGGUGAUGCCGAUUUUUAUCCCAACGGCGUUGUUUCGGUCCAACCUGGAUGCAUCGAUCCAUCGUGUUCUCAUAAGCGUGCCUGGGAGCUUUAUGCUGAGACGGUGUAUCCCGAAACCGAAAAGAGUCUGCUGGCCGUUAAGUGCAAUUCACUGCUUUCGCUCAAAACUGGCGGUUGCAUAGGUAAUCCGAUUCCGCUCGGCUUUGCCUGUCCCAAAACGGCCAAAGGAAACUUUUUCCUGAAGACGAACGACAAAUCACCAUUCGCUGUAGCUUCGACGUCGGAAUGAACACGAACAACUUGCUGAUUUUGGGUGCUAGGAAGGUACGCUGUUCUGUUGUUGUUUAUUGUUGGCUGCAGCACAUGUUAUGGAGUGGAGCAUGGUUGAGUGGAAAUGUUUCGAAGUUUGUUUAAAGCGUUUGUAUGCAAGCGAAGAUAAUUGAAAUAAAUUGAGUUUGCAAAGUAAUGUGGAAA